AUGAUCAAAAAAAUUAAAAAUAUAAUAAAUAAAAUAAUAAACUUUUUUUCUACAAUAUAUAUAUUAUGUAAAAUAUAUUUAUAUUAUAAUAUUAAAAAUAGAUAUGAAGCAUAUAAUAUUUUAUCAGUAUAUGGAGAUGAUGAUUUUUUCAAUAAACCAUGUCCUGAAGAUUCAUCAAAUUGGAAAGAUAAGUUAACAUUUAAAUGGGUUGAAAGGAUAAUAUUUGUUGGAUUUUUUAGAGCACCUUUAAAUUUAAAUGAUAUUUCAGAUUUACCAAGUAGUUUAAAAGUUGAAAAUACAGCACCACUUUUAAAAGAUAUAAUAUUCAAUGAUUCAACUAUACCUUUAAUUAAACACAUAUAUUCAAAAUUUUUACCAAGAAAUUAUAUUGCAACUGGUUUAUUUGUUUUUGUUUCUGUAUUUUCUUUUAUAACACCUUUAAUUUUAAAAAAUUUUUUAAGUUAUGUUGAAAAAAUUGAUGAACAAAAACAUAUUUAUAUUGGUAUAAUUCAAUGUUUUUUAUUAUUUUUAAGUUCAUUUAUAAAUAUGGCAUCUCAACAAUAUAGUUAUUGGUUUGGAUUUAAAACAUCAUUAGAAGUUAAAGGAGCAUUAGAAACUAUAAUAUUUGAAAAGAUGACAAAACUUUCAAAUUUAUCAAAAAAGAAUUAUAAUAUUGGUUCAAUGUUAAAUUUAAUGUCAGUGGAUACAGAUUUUUUUCAAUAUUUCUUUUGUCAUUAUUAUAUAGAGAUAUUUUUAUUUCCAAUUCAAAUUUUAUCAUUAUUAGGUUUUUUAAUUUAUGUAAUUGGUAUAGCUGGUUUUGUAGGAUUUUUAGUGAUGUUAAUUACAAUUCCACUUUCAUCAUUUUUAGGUACACAAAUAAGUAAAAAUUUAAGUACAUCAAUGGGAUAUGCAGAUACAAGAAUAAGUUUAACUGGUGAACUUAUUAAUGGAAUUAAAUUUUUAAAACAAUAUGCAUGGGAGAAAAUGUUUUGUGAAAGAAUUGAAGAACAAAGAAAAUUACAAUUAAAAUAUCUUUAUAUUAGAAUUAUUUAUUGGGUAUUGGUUCAAAUUGUAACUCAAGCAUCAUCAGGUUUAGUAUUGGUUUCAACUUUUACAACCUACACUUUAUUGGGUUAUGAAGUAUCUUUGGAGAUUGCAUUCACAUCGAUUACAAUCCUACAAAAUCUUAGACGUCCAAUUGAAUCACUUCCAGAUUGUCUUCAUAAAUUCAUUAGUUUAAUUGCAUCUGCUAAAAGAAUUGAAACAUUUUUACAAUCUUCAGAAUUACAAAACCAACCAUUCAUACAUAAUCAAAGUGGUUUAAAUGAUAUUUUAAUUAGAAAUAUUAAUUUUAAUUGGAAUGAACAUAAUUUAAAAUUAAAAAAUAAUAAAAAUAAUCAAAAUAAUAAUCAAAAUAAAAGAUCAAUUAUAUUAAGUAGUGGUGAACAAUUCGAAAUUACAAAUGAUUUUACAUUUGAUGGUAUUGAUAUUCAAGAUGAUAAUUAUGAUUAUGAAAAAGAAUAUAAAAUUAAUUAUAAUAAUAAUGAAGAGGAAGAAAAUUUUAUGACAGAUUGUUUAUUAAAAAUUAAACCAUUAAUAAAAGAUAGAAGGUUACAACAACAACAAGCAGAUUAUCAAGAUUUAUUAUCAAUUAAUUUACCUCCACCACCAUCUGAGAAUGUUGAUUUUAAAGCACCAAAAGGUUUAUUAACAAUUAUCUCUGGUGGUGUUAGAAGUGGAAAAACAAGUUUAGCAAGUGGUUUAUUAGGUGAAAUUUGUAAAGCUGUUGAUAAAUCAUCACCUGAUUCUGUUAAUAGUAUUUUAUCAACAAUUCAACAACCAUUCCUUCAAAGUACAUCAUUUCGUGAGAAUAUUUUAUUUGGUAAACCAAUGAAUAUGGAACGUUAUAUAAAGGUAAUUGAAGCUUGUUGUUUAGCACCAGAUCUAUUAGCAAUGGGUGAAGGGAAAGAUUUAACUGAAAUUGGAGAACGUGGUAUAAAUUUAAGUAAUGGUCUAAAACAUCGUAUUCAAUUGGCAAGAGCAUUAUACGCUGAUUCCGAUUGUUAUAUAUUGGAUGAAAUUUUAUCAUCUGUUGAUCCAGAGAUUGCAAAUUAUAUCUUUCAACAUUGUAUUAAAGGUAUGAUGAAAGGUAAAACAGUAAUAUUAGUAACACAUCAAAUUCAAUUCAUUUCAUCAGCGGAUCAUGUAGUUGUAGUUGAUAAUGGUGUAUUAAUUCAAGGAACUUAUUUGGAAUUAUUAAGAAUGGGUAUUGAUUUUGAAAUGAUUUUAAAAGAAAAAGAAAAUAGAAUUGAAAAACAAAUAGUUCAACUUCAAGAAGAUGAGGAUUAUUAUGAAGAGGUUGAAAUUUUAGAUUUUACAAUGAAUAAUAAUAAUAAUAAUAAUAAUAAUAAUAAUAAUAAUAAUAGCAAUUUUAAUGGUAAUAAUAAAUUAAAAAGAUCAUCAAUUUCUUUACCAAAAGGUAUUUCAAUUGAAUCAAUAAUUAGUAAAGAUUUUGAUCAAACGACAAUUGAAAAAGCAAAAUUAUUUGUACAAGAAGAUAGAAAUAAAGGUGAUCCUGGUUGGAUAAUUUAUAAAAAAUAUAUUCGUAUGGGUUCAUCAAUUUCUUUUUUCAUUUUUACAUGUAUUAUCUAUUUAACAAGUCAAAUUAUAUUAUUACUUUCAGAUUAUUGGCUUCAAUCAUGGGCAAGUCAUGAUAGAUUAAACGUUUCAGAACCAACUGAUGUACAUUACCUAUUGAUUUAUUUAGCCUAUAUUGGUGGAUUUGUAUUUACAUUGGGUGUUAGGUAUUUAUUAAUCGCAAAGAUUACAUUUGGUUCAGCGGAAACUCUUCAUAGAUCUCUUUUAAAAUCAAUAAUUAGAGCACCAUUAACUUUUUUUGAACAAAAUCCAGUUGGUCGUAUUUUAAAUAGAUUUGGAAAAGAUAUCAGUGAUAUUGAUAUUUUAUUAUUGGAUUGUUUCUCUGAUGUUUUAUAUUGUGGUGCAUGUCUAGUCACAUCAAUUGGUAUCAUAAUUUAUAUUUCACCCUAUAUUGCAAUACCAUUUGUUAUUUUAAUAGCUAUAAAUUAUAUUUUUCAAUUGUUUUAUAAUUAUUCAGUACUAGAAUUAAAACGUAUUCAAUCAAUUUCUAGAAGUCCUGUUUAUUCAUUAUUAUCAGAGGUUUAUAAUGGAUUAACAACUAUUAGAUCAUUUGGUCAACAAGAAAGGUUCUUUAAUAUGAUGAAAGAUAAUAUCAAUAUUAAUUUAAGAGUAUUUUUUUAUAAUUUUGCUGUUAGUAGAUGGAUUGGUAUUAGAGUUGAAUUUUUAUCGGCUAUUGUAGUGUUAAUGUCUGCUUUAUUUUCAAUUUUUAAUGAUAAUCCUGGUUUAUCAGCAUUAGGUGUAACAACAGCAUUGGGUAUAACAUUUAAUUUAAAUUGGUUUAUGCGUCAAUUUGGUGAAUUAGAAUCAAGAAUUAACUCUGUUGAACGUGUACAAAGUUAUAUAUCAAUUCCAAAGGAAAAAGAAACCAAUGAAGAUGAAUUCAUUCAAACAGGUUUCAUUUGGCCAUCAAGAGGUGAAAUUGAAUUUAAAAAUGUUGAAAUUAGAUAUCGUCCAAAUUCAAUAGCAACACUAAGAAACUUUUCUAUGAAAAUUAAUGCACAAGAAAGAAUUGGAAUUAUUGGUCGUUCAGGAUCGGGUAAAUCAACAAUUGGUAUGUCAUUAUUCCGUAUGAUAGAAUGUUCAUCUGGUUCAAUUUUAAUUGACGGUGAUGAUAUUUCACAAAUUGAUUUAAAAAGAUUAAGAAGUUCAAUUGGUAUAGUACCACAAGACCCGUUUAUUUUCUCUGGUAGUAUUCGUUUAAAUCUUGAUCCAUUCGAUCAAUUCACUGAUAAUGAAAUUUGGGAAGCAUUAAGUAAAGUUAAAUUAAAGAAAAUGGUUUCAACAAUGCCAAUGAAAUUAGAGAGUUUAGUUCAAGGUGGAGAUGGUUUAACCAUUGGUAAUAAACAAUUACUUUGUCUUUGUAGAGCAAUAUUAAGAAAUUCUAAAAUCGUAUUAUUCGAUGAAGCAACCAAUAGUAUAGAUUUUCAAACUACUCGAUUAAUAAAACAAACGAUUGAAGAAAACUUUAAAGAUUGUACCAUUUUAACCAUUGCUCAUAAUAUUGAUACCAUUUUAGAUAGUGAUAAAAUCGCUAUCAUUGAUGAGGGCGAACUUAUUGAAUUUGAUACUCCAUUAAAUUUAAUUAAAGAUUCAACUUCUAGAUUUUCAAAAUUAAUUAAAUUAAAUAAUAAUCAAAAAAAUAAAUUAAAUUAA